AGCCUGUCUGUCCAUUUUAACCUAUUUGAACUGCAUUUGGUUGGGGAGGCAAGCAGUGUUCUCCAUGAAGCUCAGCACAGGAAGAUAUCGAGGGGAGCCAGGAAGGGGUCCCCUGAGGGCUGAAGUUUCAUACUUGGGCAGGGAAGGCAGAGUAACCAGGGGAUGGAGAAGUGACUACUGGGCCGGGACAGGGUCUCAUUCCCUCCAGGAGAAUUGGGGCUGUGAAAUCCGAGAGGACAACCGCACCAGGGGCUUCUGGAAUUUCUACUAUGAUGGGGAGCCCUUCCUCUCCUAUCACCCAGAGACGCGUAGCUGGACGGUGCAGCCAUCCUCCGCUCAGAUCUUGGCUACGAAAGUCAAGAAUUCCUUGGUUGCAGACGGCAUUCAAAGCAAGGCUCAAUGGGCCCAUGUGCAGGGAACAGUUUGUGGAAGACUCCGGAGACAUCUGAACUCCUGGAUAGCCUUCAAUGAAACUACAGUGUCCCCAACAGUGAAUGUAACCUGUGAUGAAGUCUUGGAAGACACCAUCUUCGUGACCUGUUGGGCUUGGGGCUUCUAUCCCAAGAAUAUCUCUCUGACCUGGCUUCAGGAUGGGGAACCCCUGAGCCAGGACACACAGAAGUCUGGGAGUAUCCUGUCCUAUGGGAAUGGAACCUACCAGACCUGCGUGUCCACCAGGAUUCCCCAAGGACAGGAGCAGAGGUUCAGCUGUCACGUGGGACACAAUGGGAAUCACAUUACUGGCACUGUGUCUUGUGGUGAGCCUGGGAGUCCCAGAAGAGGUUGGUAAGAGGGGGGAAGUGACCAGGGUGGUAAGAGGGGGGAAGCCUUGAGCCCCAGUCCCAGAGUGUAACAAGCCUUCUUUCAGGCACUGCACUGCCGCUUCGGAGCCGAUGGCCCACCAUUGUGGCUGCUGUUGUUAGUGCUGCCUUCUACUUUUGGCUCCUUUGGUGCAAGGAGAGGAGAACAACAUCAGCUACAGAGGGUCCAGGUGAGAAAAGUGGUCACUGGCUGGAGAUUGCAGAGCCUGUCUUGGCUGUAAUGUCCCUGAAGCCUCCCACUGCACAGAGAGCAUUGGAGGUGACCAGACUUCUGGAAUGGAGGAGGAUGAAGGUCUGCGGAUUUGUGAAGUGAUGGGAGCCAUGUCUCCAGCUACUCCCCUUAGCCCUGCCAAACCCAGGGUAGAGAAUUCUCUUGAAGUUCUAGCUGCAGAUCUUCUGGCUGCAGGGGCUGUGGCUUCUGCUCCUCUCUCAGGCUCCACAGGCUUUACCAGGGGUCUGUGUUGGGAAUGGUGGGCUGAUUAGUGUGGGCUAGAUUAUCAUGGCCUCAGGGGGACACACAUUAAAAACAUCUGCAGUCUGGGGGAUCAUAGCCUUGGGGGACCUCACAGUAAAAGCAUCUGUUUUAGUCAGUUUUUCCACAGCUGUGACCCAAAGACCUGACAAGAAUAAUUUUAGAGGAGGAAAAGUUUAUCUGGAGCUCAUGGUUUCA